GCGAGUGGAGUGGGUGCCUCUCUACGCUCUAGCUCGUGUGAGUUUGAUUGUAUUACAGCUACAGCUGAGCCAAAUUUGAUAAGCGACAAUAGCGGUCGGUUUGCUUUGGAAAGCUACGUGAAAGUUGGCAUUUAUGGCAAAUACGAGUAAAACGAUUGUUCCUUUGCGUGUAUGUGUGUGUGUGUGUGAGCGAAUUAUUAUACGCUCAUUAAGUUCGCACAAUAAUUUAAAAUAGCAUUUCGAACUCAACUCAUUUGUAGCCGAUUAAGUGAGCGCAUUUCUUUUCAACGAAAAGAACAAUGUGAAGUGGUACAUUCUACAAUUUAUACACAGUUCUAUUAUGCAUAUAUUAUAUACAAAUUUGGAAAAAACAGAGAAUCAUCAACAGAAAUGAGUGAGUAAUGCCACUUCGCCGGGCAGUUGCCGUCGAGCGUUUCAUAAGUGCGGCCGAGUGUGUCCGGCUGUGCCGUUUCAUUUGUUGUUCGCUGCGAAGUGCGAAAGAUACAAGUGUUCCGAAAUUUGAUAAGACUGUUGAACGAUACUCGCAUAAACAUACAAAAAAUAUUUCAACAAAAAUAUUGCAGAUAAACGAAACAUACCAACAAUAGCAUACGCCAAACGGAAAACAAGCAGUAUAUGAAAUUGUUUUUGUAUUUGCUGAAGCACGAAAUAACAGUUGUAUAAAUAUUUUCCAAAUAUUUUGUGUAAACAAAAUUCGUAUUAUUAGUGUAGACAGCCAUAUAUUCAUCCAGUCAAAAAGUAAGCUCAAAUAAGCAAAGUGUUCGCUUGCAACAGGCACGUUUCCGGACGCAGUAAUAACGCAGCAGUUUAUGCCACAGUCAUACACAGAAAAUGUUCUCUACAUCCGGCUACGAUCGACUCUAUGUCCGCAGCUCUUCCGGUUUAGCCAAAUUGCUCUGUAUGGUAAGCGCGCGCAACGCCGCUAUGAUUCACUAUGUGCCGUGGCUGGGAUCACAUGCAUUGCUGUUAGCUUGGCGCCAGUGACGAAUCUGCGCGGCCUCGUCUACAUGUGUGUCAUGGCGUGCGCCUGCCUUGGCAGUGCGCUGGUGUUUUUAAACAAUUUUUGUGAAAUGCGUUUUUGUAGGCGGCACUUUUGCAAUGCAACCAGGUUCGAGCUGUAUAUUCAUGCCACACUCGCCGUUCUGUGCUUUCUUGCCUCAUCCGCCGCGCUGACGUUGGCGCUGGUGACCUAUUCCAUUGCAGCGUUUUUCGGCUAUGUUGCAUUCUGCUUGUACGCCUUGGAGGCCUGGUUCAACUAUAAGCGUUACCGCCAGCGUGAUAUGAGCACACAGACGUAGUAGUGUGUACAUGAAGGUUGUUGCAGAUAAUAGUAUUUUCGCUGUUUAGGAAAUAUUGCAUAAAUGUUUGUGGAUAUUAGCCAUGCCGAUGUCACUUGCCUGCCUCUAAUGCACAGUGUUCCAAAAUAAUGUUUAGUAAACAGUAUGUAAUAUUAGCUAAUAAUCAAUAUGUAACAUUAGUAUAAGUAACUUUAACAUAUUUGUCGUGUUAUAAGUUGCACUUAAGCAGUAAUAACUUUGACUCAGAAGUCAAACCUGAUGUGGGUCUUCAAAUACAUAUCAACAAAAAUACUCUUGUACAGUCAGAUGACUUUAAAGCGUUUAAGUUUGGAUUGCAAGUACUUAUAGACUUAUAUUCAUGUGUUUAUCAAGAAACAUAUAUAUUGUAUUACAUAUGUGCAAAAAACAAAGUAUAAAUGGACUAUGUGCUGCCCAUAUAAUGAAAUAUACUAAGCAUGCCUUUGAAGUGGCUCGAGCUUGUUGAAAUUUAUAUCCAAUCAAAUAUAGUUGAAGAUUUUCAAUUUGUAUUAAAAUACUUCGGAAUUAUAAAAGCCUUGUAAAACUAUAAAA